GGGGCCGCCGAGAGACCGGGUGACCGGGUGAAGUAGCGUGUGUGUGUCUGUGUGAGUGGAGGCGGACGCACAGGAUCCAAGAUGGCGUUCGGCAUGAGUAAGCGGAGCUGGACAAGGGUGGCCAAAAACGUAUCCAUAAUCGCAGGAAUUCUAUUCCUCAUGAUGGUCAUUGCCCCGACUCAUCACGACAGGACGCCGAUCUUCUCUGAAGAUGGAAAAUUUCAAGUAACCAGUCCAGAGAUGGUGAAACAUUUCAAGAUGUCUAAGUGGAAGAUGCCACCGCACGAACUGCUAGACGUCAAGGCUUUCUACGACUACAUAGAAAAUCCUCCAUCCUCAUGUGGGGCGUAUGCCUAUCUCGGAGGUCGGGCCUGCCAUGAGAUCGAGGACCACAUGGUGUGUCUGGACCCCAGCCUGGGCCUGGACCACGACAACUGCCUCGUGUACUCCUUCGGCGCCAGCUCAAAGUCGUUCGAGAAAGCCAUGACAAACUUGGGGUGCAACGUGUACAUGUUCGACCCGGCCAGCCACCGGGCCGACCACCGGCGCAGCGACCGUUCCUGGCUCUACCGCAUCCGCCUGGCCGGCAACGAUUCGGCCGCGCUGCCCGGCGACAAGGUGAUGACGCUGGACGAGGUGCUGUACGCCUUCGGCCACCGCAGCCGCCAGCUCGACUUCCUGCUGCUCGACCUGGACGGCGAGGAGUGGCCUGCGCUGCGGCGCAUGAUGAGCACGCGCGUGCUGGACGACGUGCGCCAGCUCGGCGUACAGACCGUGCUGGACGUGGAGGAGCUGGCGCCGCGCCAGCGGCUGGAGCGGCUGCGCCAGCUCUACCAGGUGCUGGUCGGGCUGGAGCACAGCGGCUUGCGGCUGGUCAGCUCGCGCCGCCAGGUGGAGCAGGUGUCGUGCCACGGGCUGCCCGAGCUCGGCGACGAACGCAAGGUCUGCUCCAUGUACGAGCUCGUGUUCGUACGCCGGUAGGCUGGUGGUGCGGCGCGGAGAUGGGACGUUUUGGUGCGGGUACGGAGGGUGAGGCGUCACACGUGGCGAGAGGAGCGCUCGCGCGUCGCGUGCUUUCCAGAGCCGUUUAGCGCUGGUAAGGGCACGUCAGUGUGGUUAUUGCGAGCAUGGGUGUGACCACUGGAGUGUGGGAGGGGCUGGGGGAUAUGUCCCGUACAAUCUUCCCAAAGCGAAUUUGGUCUCCCUUUUUAAAAUGUUCUUUCCACGUCCAGUUGUCCUCCAAAUUUCAGUUUGAGAACUGCAAUCUUGAUUUGUCCGCCAGCCCUAUAAAAGAAACGUGACAACACCCAUGGUAAGGAUAAAUCGGGCUAUCAUGCGGCUUCACAGUGAAGAACACAUCCGCAACAAUAUAUUGUUGUUAAGACGAUCGUUAAUGCGAAGUGUUCGAUUACACGCUUUAUUUAGUGCAAAUAUAGUUCCAAGACGAACACGGCAGGCAAUAGCGAAGCAUUGUCAUACGCAACAUGAACAUCCGCAUGAGAUAAAUACACCGCACACACCGCCA